GUUUGUCAUUAAGUUAUACCUUGUGAAAUUAUGUUAUGUGAACUAAGUGCUUCAUAGUCAUUUCUGACUCUAAGGUAGCGUUAGCUAACCUCUUGCAGUAAAGAGCUAACCUAGUGUGUGCUGUUGUGUAAUAUUCGACUAAAGCAAGCUAACUAAAGUCAGACUUUUGACAGAACUGAAAGACAGCUGGAGAAGUGGAACCACAGCGGAAUCGACAAAAAGCAGCUGGAUACCUGUUGACACUGUCUGUGGAGAAUGUCUUCACCAAUGUACUACAACCAAGACAGUGUUACUCGCUUCAAGAAAAGAAAAGCUCGUUUCUCUUUCAGUGAAGUCCACAUACUGUUGGAUGAAGUGAGGAAGCAUCGUAUGGUUGUUGUGGGCAAAUUUAAUCGUGGUGUACCAACAGAUGUGAAGAAACGCACGUGGGCAGAGAUUACUGCACGUGUCAAUGAGAUUGGGGAGUGCCAGCGUGAGGUCAUCGAGGUCAUCAAGAAAUGGUCUGAUCUGAAGUGUGACACCAAACGGAAAGUGGCUGCCAUGCGGUCAGGGACAGUGCCCAACAGGGGUCUCAACUCACGUCUUUCCAGAGAUCUUAAUCAGACAGAGAAAAUAGUGCUCCAGAUUCUGGAGAUGGACGAGGAAGACCAAAGCACAGGUGACUUUGGCCCGCUGGGAGAUGACGAUGAUGUGCCAGAGGAGGAAGAAGAAAUGGAAGAGGAGGAUAUGAUUGGAAUGCAAAGUUCUCCUAAUGGUGGGUUGGACAUGGCGUCGAUGCCUCCAUCAACCUCCUACACCAUGAGGGACUCAUCACAACCUGCGCUUGAUGGGCAGUAUGAUGUACCCGUGACAGAAGAUACUGAGGCUGCGUUUGGAGACUCAGAUGAUGACCCGAGGGAUGACAUGCUUCCUUCAACUCAGGCAACAAAACCAGCAGAGGAUCACCAAGGAAACAAUGGCAUCCAGAAACAAGGACAACCUCAGACAUCCUCUGGUCCUUCAACGUCAACAACCACGGUUCCAAUGCAAGCUCAGCCCUCACAGAACAUGAGAGAUAGCAUGCUACAUAAUGCAUCACUGAGCCUUCAAGAGCAGCACGCCACCAACAUUCUGUUGGAGACGGUUUCACGCUCCCUCGAGCUUCUGUCUGAGUCCGUGCAACAGCUGGCAGAGACACAGCAGGAGUUUGUGCGCGAGUCACUGCAGCUCCAGCGGGAGACGGUGCAGGUUCUCAGAGACUUCACAGGUGGAGCCAUCGCACUCAUGCAUGACAAACUGAAUGGACGGCCAGCGUUAUAGCAACAAAGUGUCACACAAAGAUAUUAAGUUGUAUCACUGACUGCAUACUUGGCCUUCAGGUGCAGGAACCUUUAAGUUCCUUUGGACUCCACCGCUGGCUACUGUACUUUUUGAUAGUACUCAACAGAUUUUCUGUGGUUAUAUUUUAAAACUGUAUUCCUAGAAACAUUGUAUUGAUGAAAUCACUGUCUGUGAGGUUACAUGACAAUGGAUUGAGAAAGUAACCAAUGUUAGCCAUAAAGAAAGAAGGUGUGGAGGUUUUUUUUUUUUUGCUACUGAAACUGAGACUCCUACCACUUGCAUUGUAAAAGUUUUUUUUAAUUAUUAUUAAGCAUACACCACAUUUAAAGCCUUUGCAUUCUUUAAACGUUGCAACAUGCAAAAAGUCAGUCCAAUCCAUUUGUUUGUCCUUGUUAAAAGUGUAGUUGCAUAAGUGUCUGGAAGUUAUCACAUGUACUGUAAUGGUGAGUGGAUUUCUGCACCUGACCAUUAUAUGGUCCCUAUGUCUGAAAGCUAAGUCGGGUACUUUGAAAAUACCUGUAACUGAAUAAUUUGUGAUUGUGUGUCAGAUUAUUAUUAUUUUUUUUUUUACAUUGCAAACAUGAACACUUGAAGUUUCAAUAAUUUCUUUUAAAUAUGGAAUAAACCCUGGUGUAUUUAAAAAGAAUACAAGUCAUUUCACUAGCUGUGAGUCAGUAAAGUGCUCUAAUGGACACUCAUCUCUCUUUACACAUUCUGAUCUCAGCGAUCAGAAUGUGUAAAUCCAUCUCAUUUGGGGGGCUGCACAUCUGGCUUGAAGCCUAUAUCUUGAUAUAUCUCUGAUAAAAUGAUUUGACUUCACUGAAGAUCAUACAGUUAAAAUGUUCUCAAAUGUGAAAAUUUGAAUUGCUUCAU